AUGUCGAUGCCAUUGGGACCUGGCAUGGACCAUAUCAUGAACGUGGUGUCUUUGCACCAGCAAGCACUUCAUCAGCUGGUGGAUUCGCAGCACGAGACUCUCCGUGAAGCUUUGAGACAUGCGGAUGUGGGCGAUGAAGUGGUUCAGCCCGAACCUGCACAUCAGAUGCUCGUGUUGGAAGGUGCUUUCCAAUGCCUGGAGCACCGUGCUCGUCCUUUGCAGCCACUGUUGCCGCCAGAUAUUGACCCUGCCCCUCACACACUUCAGUGGACCAGCCAGUCAGAAACUGUCAGCCUCCCCAGCCCUCGUGUGAGCGACGAUGUGAUGGAUCACGCAGUGUCGGCAAAGAUCCAGGAAAUCGACUCUCAACUCGAGUCGGAGAUUCAGAACGGCGGUGCAGAUCCUGACAGCAUGAACCUGGGGAGAAUGUCAGAGGGCACGAACCCCUUCGGAGGGAAGGACCAGGGCAAGAGCCCCAUCCUGAUGCGAUUGGACAUGCUGGCUGGGAUCUUCGUGCUAUUGAACUCGCUGGUCAUGGCCGUGGAGCUGGAGUUGGAAGGACGCGCCACCGGCGCCAAGAUAGGUCUGGAGACCUUACCUGGUGUUGACAUGUCCGACUUCUUCAAUGCCUGCGACAACAUCUUUGCAGUCUUGUACUUUCUCGAACUCUGUGCGCGAACAUACUACGAGGGCUGCAGCUUUUUCCGUGGUGCAGCGAACUGGUUCGACAUCUUCCUUGCCACCACCACGUGCCUAGAUGUUUGGCUGUUGAGGCCAAUGGCUCUGGGAGGCGGUGCAACCGACCAGAUGAUCCUAUUGCGUCUGGCACGAGCGGUGAAGUCAAUGCGGGCGAUUCGCAUGGUGCGAACAUUGCGCCUUUUUCGCGGACUGCGUGUUCUUGUGAUGGCAUGUAUUUCCUUCCUUCCCUCGCUGUGCUGGUCCAUGGUAUUGCUUGCAGUGUUCAUGAUCAUGGGUGCAUUGAUGCUGGGCAACCUGUUGCAGGAGUUCAUCGCCAAUCCGGAAGAGGACGAGAUGUGGCGCGAGUGGAUCUGGGUCCAUUAUGGUACAGCACUGCGCUCAAUGUAUACGCUUUACGAAAUUACCUUUGCAGGCAACUGGCCUACAUAUGCACGGCCAGUGAUUGAUCAAGUGAGCAGUGUCUUUUCCAUUUUCUUUCUCGCCUACAUAACGCUGGUGGUUUUCGCCGUAAUUCGUGUGAUAACUGCAAUAUUUCUCAAAGACACUUUGGACGCCGCAAGCAACGAUGCGGAGCAUCUUGUUGUGGAGCGGUUACAGAAGAAGUCGCAGUAUGUGAAGAAACUGGAAAGAGUGUUCCAGGCUAUCGAUGAGACAGGCAAUGGUAUGAUUUCCCAGUCGCAGCUUUCAUCUGUCUUGCAAGACCCGAUCGUGCGAGCCUAUUUCCAGACGCUAGAGUUGGAUGUGCACGAAGGUGCCGCCCUGUUUCACAUCAUCGACAACGGCGAUGGUGAGGUUACCCUCGAAGAAUUUAUAGAUGGGAUCUUACGCUGCAAGGGACCAGCACGUGCAAUUGACCAGGUCGCCAUGCGCGCAGAUCUAAACAAGCUGCAGCGUGAGCUGGAGAACUUAUCACGCAAGCUCGACAAGGACGCCCCUGAAGACGACAACCUCCGGGCGCAGUUUCGGAAAGCAUCGGCCCUCCAGCUGCACAACCUUGCCGUUUUUUCUCGUCAAGAGGUUGGCUCUUUCUCUUUGCGAAGCAAGAACAGCCCCUGA